AAUCAUCACUAACACCAAACUCUUUCACUAUCUGAAUCCCCCUCUUCUAAGAAUAUCAACUGGGAUCUAAUUAUCAAAAGCAUUGGCAAGAGGGUAACCAGUUUUCUUCUUCCACCCAUGACUGGUAGGGCCAGAAACCCCGUUAGGGGUCGCCUCUGGCCACAAAUGACUAUGGCAUUGGCCAUUGUUUUCAUCUCUACAACUGUGGUUUCUGCUGCUGCUGAUGGUUAUAUUUACUCUUCCCCUCCGCCACCACCUUAUGAGUACAAAUCACCACCACCUCCUUCACCAUCACCUCCACCCUCAUACAUUUAUAAGUCUCCACCACCUCCACCACCAAUUGAGCAUAAAGAUCCACCUUACCAAUACAAGUCACCUCCACCUCCUUCACCAUCACCUCCACCUCCGUACAUUUAUAAGUCUCCACCACCAAUUGAGCAUAAAGAUCCACCUUACCAAUACAAGUCACCUCCACCUCCUUCACCAUCACGCCCACCUCCCUAUGAGUAUAAAUCACCACCACCACCUUCCCCAUCACCUCCACCUCCUUACUUGUACAAGUCCCCUCCACCGCCCUCUUCACCUCCACCUCCUUACUACUACAAAUCUCCUCCACCACCCUCUCCCUCACCUCCACCUCCUUACUAUUACAAAUCUCCCCCACCUCCCUCACCCUCCCCUCCCCCACCUUACUAUUACAAGUCUCCACCACCGCCUUCACCAUCUCCUCCACCACCCUAUUACUACAAGUCUCCUCCACCUCCAUAUGAACACAAGUCUCCAUCAUACUACUACAAGUCUCCUCCGCCACCCUCUCCUUCACCUCCACCUCCUUACUACUACAAAUCUCCUCCACCUCCAUCACCCUCCCCUCCCCAACCUUACUACUACAAGUCUCCACCACCACCUUCACCAUCUCCUCCACCACACUACUACUACAAGUCCCCUCCUCCUCCAUCACCUGUACCCCAUCCACCAUACUAUUACAGGUCUCCACCACCACCCAAGCACCAACCAUCACCAUACUACUAUAAUUCUCCUCCUCCACCAGUUGUGUAUCCUCACCCACAUCCCAACCACCACCCAUUGAUUGUGAAGGUUGUUGGUAAAGUCUACAGCUACAGGUGCUAUGACUGGGAGUAUCCUGAAAAGUCUCAUAACAAGAAACACCUCAAAGGUGCCAUUGUGGAGGUGAAAUGCAAAGCAGGGAAGAAUAUCAUCAAAGCCUAUGGUAAAACAAAGAGCAAUGGCAAGUACAGCAUCACAGUUAAGGACUUUGACUAUGUAAAAUAUGGCCCGACAGUGUGCAAGGCUGUGCUUUAUGCUCCACCUAAACACUCACCCUUCGACCUACCUACUAAACUGAAUAAGGGAACCAACUUGAAGCUGAAAUCCAAUAACAAGUAUGAGGUUGUGCUCAAGGCAAAGCCAUUUGCUUAUGCAUCAAAGAAGCACUUUAAAGAAUGUGAAAAGUCCAAACCUUCCCCAACUCCUUACUACUAUAAGUCACCACCACCACCACCACUCCACUAUUAUUCUCCUCCAUAUUACUAUAAGUCACCUCCUCCUCCCGUCAAAUCAUCAUCACCUCCUUAUUAUUACAAGUCUCCACCUCCACCAUCACCGGUAUCUAAACUACCAUAUUAUUAUAAGUCACCACCCCCACCAUCACCAUCCUCUCCUCCACCUUACUAUUACAAAUCCCCCCCUCCACCUAAAGAAAUAUCACACCCACCAUACUACUAUAAGUCACCACCCCCACCAUCACCAUCCCCACCUCCACCUUACCAUUACAAAUCCCCCCCUCCACCUAAGGAAAUAUCACACCCUCCAUACUACUAUAAAUCACCACCCCCACCAUCACCAUCCCCUCCUCCACCUUACUAUUAUAAAUCCCCCCCUCCACCAAAAGAAAUCUCACACCCUCCAUACUACUAUAAAUCACCACCCCCACCAUCACCAUCCCCUCCUUCACCUUACUAUUAUAAAUCCCCCCCUCCACCUAAAGAAACAUCACACCUUCCAUACUACUAUAAGUCACCACCCCCACCAUCACCAUCCCCUCCUCCACCAUAUUAUUAUAAGUCACCAUCUCCACCCCCACCUUACUAUUAUAAAUCUCCUCCUCCACCCAAAGAAAUCUCACACCCUCCAUACAACUAUAAGUCACCACCCCCACCAUCACCAUCUCCUCCCCCUCCAUACUAUUAUAAAUCUCCCCCACCACCAUCCCCAUCACCUCCGCCUCCAUACUACUACAAGAGUCCCCCUCCACCAUCUCCCUAUCCUCCUCCCCCCUACUACUACAAAUCUCCACCUCCACCAUCACCAUCUCCACCACCACCCUACUACUACAAAUCACCUCCACCGCCAUCCCCAUCACCUCCACCUCCAUACUAUUACAAGAGUCCUCCUCCACCAUCCCAUAUUUCUCAUCCUCCGUACUACUACAGGUCCCCUCCGCCACCAUCGCCAUCUCCUCCACCUCCUUACCACUAUAUAAGCCCACCACCACCAUCACCAUCUCCCCCUCCCCCAUACAUUUACAAAUCACCUCCCCCACCAACGAAGUCUCCUCCACCACCAGUUUACAUCUAUGCUUCUCCACCACCACCAGUGUACAAUUAAGCUUGAAAUGCGGAUUCACUAUUUGGGAUAAAUCAUAUUCUAGUGUUUAUCAAGAAACAAAGGCAAACGAGGCUGAUUUUACUUCUCUGAUGGCCAUCUUGCACUUCCUAAUCUUAUUGUGUUCAAGUGAUGGUCCAACCAAAACGGGGAAGCGAGAUUUGAAAUGCCAAUCCUUCUAAUUUAUUUGGCUUACACUAUUAUAUAUAUUCAUGUAUGAUUGCUUUAGUAUUUAUUGGGGAACUUUCAUGUCAGUAUCUUGUUGUGUUUGCAACAAGAUUGUUAGUAAUAAAGAGAUGUAUUUCAGUCUCUGUUCUUAAA